GGCCAUUUUGAAAGUAAGUUGAGUCCGGACUGGACUGAUUUUUUAGCUUUCCUGCGAUUUUAGGCGAGAUAUUAGUAUUUUGGACGUAAUUGAUCCAAGGCAUUUAACUAAUGAACUGAGAUAAGAAACUAUAAUUUAUUUUGGGAGUCACCAUGCCAAAAGCUGCCACCAGAAAAUCACCUAAAGCUAAAUCAGCAGCCAAGCCAAAAGCAGCACCAAAGAAAAGAGUGACGAAGGGCCAUAAAUUACCUGAACAUUUCCCUGAAGGAACUGUACUUCGUGAUGUGUCGAAAACAGAAUGGCAGUUAGGUAGCUCAAUAGGAACUGGUGGCUUUGGAGAGAUAUACCUUGCUGCUAAUGAUACCAGUCAAGCUGUUUCCAAGGAUGCUGACAAUGUUGUGAAGAUUGAACCCCAUUCAAAUGGUCCAUUGUUUGUUGAAUUGCAUUUCUAUCACAGAGUAUGUAAACAGGAAUUGAUUCAGAAAUGGCAGUCUUCUCAUAAAUUGAAGCACCUUGGUGUGCCAAGGUUUGUAGCUUCUGGCACACAUGAAACACCAAAAGACAAGUACAGGUUUUUAGUAUUGGAAAGAUAUUGCACUGAUCUACAGAAGAUAUUUGUAAAAUAUUCAAAAAAGUUUUCAGUCAAAACUGCUUUUACAUUGGGUAUUCAAAUAUUAGACAUCCUUGAGUAUUUACAUGACCAUGAUUAUGUGCAUGCUGAUAUCAAAGCAGCCAACCUACUGACAGGUCGAACCAAGACCAAGAGUAGCCAUGUAGAACAGGUGUACCUAGUGGAUUUUGGGUUGGCUCACAGAUACUUAGUUGAUAAACAUACUGUGUAUAAAGAGGAUCCUUCCAAGGCACAUGAUGGUACUAUUGAGUUUACUAGCCGUGAUGCACACCAUGGUGUCUCACCUGCUAGAAGGGGAGAUAUUGAAAUACUUGGUUAUUGUAUACUUCAAUGGUUAUGUAGUAGACUACCCUGGGAAGACAAACUAACUGACCCUGAAUAUGUGAAAGCACAGAAAAUAAAGUACAUGAGCAAACCAUCUGCCUUAAUGGAAAAAUGUUUUUCAAAAGGAGAAUAUCCUUCUGCUUUGUUGAAAUAUUUUGAGUACACUGUUGAGUUAGAUUACACAGAGCGACCAGAUUACAAUUAUUUGAGGAAACUCUUGAAAUCAGGUAUCAAGAAGGCUGGGUUCACAGAUGAUGGCAAAAUUAAUUUCAAGGAUAUUUCAUCCAAUACCAAUGGAAGCAUGGCAUCUCCAAGAAGAUUAGCUAUAGUCAAUCCCAGCUCAGUAGCCAGUCCUAGAAGUGCCAAGAAGAAACCUGCAGCUAAAUCUAAUGCCAAGCGGCAUAUAGAAAUAUCAUCAUCCGAGGAGGAGAACAGUGAAGAUUAUUCUCCUCGAAAGAAAAAAAAAGUGGUUAAAUCUCAACUUGGUAAGGCUGUAAAUACGUCACGAUCCAAACCAGCGAAACAAAUAAUAAAACAAACUGUUGUGGUGGAGUCUGAUGAAGAGAUGGAAGAAGAUGAGUUACCAGUUGUAAAGAAAACCCCUUCCCGAUCUAAACCAAAUAGGGUCAAAUCGAAAGCCUCUUCCAGUGUGAAGUCAAAACGAAAACAUAAGCUAGAUGUUUCUGAGGACAGUGAAGCAUCACCAGUGAAAAGAAAAUUGAAGUCUUUAAAAGUACCAGUCGAGUAUGAAGAUGAUGACGAGUCACCUGAACAGAAAGUGAAUAAAAAAGCCACCCCAAAGCACACCACCAAGAGGUCUAAAUCUAAGAAACAAGCGGUAACUAUAGCAACCCAGACAUCACCUGGAUUUUACAAGAGAUACCGAUAGCUGCAGCUAUUAACACUACCAAUUACUAAACUGACUACUUUGAAAAUUAUUUAUUCAAGUGUCUAUAGAAUUCUGAUCUGAUUUUGUAACUUUUACCUAAAGUUAUUUGCAGUUUGUAUUAUAUUUGCAGAAAUUAAAUUUGAUAAUAAAUCU